AUGGUACAACCGGGCAUCGGCGGUCUCGACACGCCGCGAACCAACGUGGGGGACGCGACUUACCUUAGCCGCAGGCCCGACUUCGACAUAUCACAAGAGUUAUCCUUUCAGUCACCCUCAAAGGACGGGAAUCUGUUGCACCAGCUCCGCAACGGCAACCGCCCCAGCCUCAAGACCCCGCGCGGGAGUCGCGCCCCGUUUGCCGAUCGGCAGAAUCUCCCCGCUGGCCUCGGCGGGCCCGAAUUCACGCCGCUGCUCAAGUCGGCAACUAGGAACAGCGCCAGACGGCAUGCCGCUGGCAAGGAGAACGGCCGAGCGACGCCCGCCUUCCUCGACAGAAUCGACGAAGACAUGACGCCCAUGCCCGCUGGCGAGACGAGCAUGUACGGCGCCUCUCGCAACACGUCAUCCUUUAUGACCAACACCCCGCUCCCGGUCAUGGACAGCAGUAGUACAGCGUCCACCCCCGUGGUCAUGCGGCGCCGCGACAAUGCAAAAGGGCCCCUCGAGGACGGAAACCAGUUGUCCCUGCGAGAGCAGGAACAUCUCAAAAUCCACUUUCUGGAAGAAGCGCUCCGCAAAGCCGGCCCUGGAUUCAACAAGCACCUCAACUCGGCAGAAAAGGACCUCGAGAGCUACAGGCAGCAGAUACUCGAGAUGCAGGAAAAGGCCAAGCGGAAGUAUGCCGACGAGAACCAGCGUGCCGAGAUGGACCGGCUGCGGCAGGCACUCGAGGACAAGGACGCCGAAAUUGACCAUCUUCAAAGGCAGCUCGAGGGCGAGCAGGGUGAGCGUGACAAGAUCGAAAAGUUGCAGGAUGAGAUUGGCGACUUGGAGGCCGACCUUCGGAGGAAGGACGACAUCAUCACACAGCACGAGGAUGAGAUUGAAGAGCUAAGGGAUAAGACGCAACGACGCAUGGUGGAGCUGGAAGAAAAGGCACAGGACGGGGACCGUCUCCAAGAAGCCAAGGACACCAUUGAGGACCUCGAGGCCAGUCUUGACGACGCAAUCUCGCAGAGAAACCGCGCCGAGGCGGACCUGGAGGAGUUGCAGGAGGAAAUGGCCAACAAGUCUGUCGUCACCAAGGGCCUCUCGCGGCAGAUUGAGGAGAAGAUGGCCCGACUGCAGGCCGAAGCCGACAAGGCACGCCAAGAAUGCAAGGCACUAGAAGACGAGCGUUCGGCGCAGCAGAAGGAGAUGGAUGGCAUGAGGGCCAAGCUGAGUGAGGCUCGCGAGGAGCGCGACUCUGCCGAGCGCCUUCGUCUCUCCCUCGAAGCUCAGCUGGAGACGCUGAGGCACCAGCUCAAGGAGGCCCGAGAGGAGCGCGACUCGGCCGAGCACAUACGUCUGACGCUGGAGUCCAAACUGCAGCAAGCACAGGCUGAUCUAAACAGGAGAGCUGACGAGAAGGAGAUUCUCCAAACCCGCCACGAUGCAUUGACAAACGAGUCAGUGUCACUUCAAAGAGAUGUCUCCAACCUUCGGAAAACCGUCGCAGAGCUUGAGGAUAGUCUGGAGCGGGAGCGGCAACACGGGCUUGAUAUCGAGCGUGACAUCCGGAAUCAGUUCAGGGAAGAAAUCGAGCGGCUAAACGACGAGAUCUCGGACCUCCAAGCCGACGAGAAAUGGGAGAAUGAACGUCACAACCUAGAGUCUGAGCGAGACCGCGCCGAGGAACGGGCUGCUGGCCUCCAGCGCACUAUUGACAGGCUGCGAGAUGCCGAGGGUGCCUUGUCGGACAAGGAAUCCAAGCUGCAAGAGGCCCUCCAGAUCUUGAGCACGCAGAUCGAACAGCUCCAACACGAUCUAAGCUCCAGGCAGGCCAUGUUGGAGGACCUCCGCAAUGAGCUGUCAGCCUCACAACAGGAAAAGGUCGAGGCACUCGAGGACGAGGUCGAAAUCUUGCAAGCCACACUCGAGCAGGCGCAACAAGAGUGUGACCGGUUGAAGCAGCAACUGCUUUCUCUUCAGGCAACCGCGGACUCGGCGAAGGCUUCUCCAAGCGCCAAGCAGACAAGCGAGACCGUCUCUCGCCUAAGGUCCCAGCUUACUGAUGCCACUGACGAGGUGUCGAAGCUUACCGAGGAGCGCCGGACACUGCAGGACCGGUCGGCAAGCUUGGAUGCGGAGCUUCGCUCCGUCCGGGCUUCACUCGAGAAAACGAAGGCGGAGCGCGAUGAGCUUGAGGCAGAAAUCGACCGCCUCAAGGAACACGGCGAGGACACUUUCAAGCUUGACCAGGAGAGGCUCGACUUACGCGUCUCCAAGACAAAGCUAGAUUCCGAGCUGCGUCGGCUGAAGGAAGAAAACAGGGUCCUGGAUGGACGUCGGCGGGAGGUUGAAGAGUCUCUGGAAAAGGAAAUCGAGAGGGCAGCCGCUGAGGAAGAUCGGCUCCGGGAUGAGAUCCGCGACCUGCAAACACAGUUACGACAAUCAUCGAAUAGUCAAGAGCUCGCGGCGCUCCGCCGAACCAUCCGCGAGCUCGAACGGCGUGUUGAGGACUAUGAGACGCGGCUGGCUGCCUCCCAAUUACCCGCUCAGGGAGGCGACGGAAAUAGCGAGCUCUCGUUUCUCCAUCGUGAGCUUUCUGCUGCCAGAAAGAAGGAAAUCGAGCAGCUAAAGCACGAUGCUACUCAAAAAGAGACCAUAAGGUCGCUCAAGCGGCAAAUCGCCGACCUGGAGCGCAAGGUGCACGAAGCAGCCCUGGAUCGUCUGGCGACAUCCCCGGGAUCGUCAAAUGGGGGCUCAGCGCAGAAGGCCGAAGUCUCGGAGCUACGCCAGCAACUGUCCACGGCCAACCAGUCAAUGCAUGAGCUGAAGAAGGCGCUCCGCGAAGCCGAACGGAAAGCCUCCGCCUCCGCGCGCGAGCUUCAGGCUCGUCUCGAGGAGCUUGAUGACGAGAAGUUGGUUCUCGAGCAGGCUCUGGAAGACGCGCGCAGCGCUGCGGAAGAGUCCGCUGCGGCACACGAGGAGGCACUGAAAAAAUACAAGAGCAAGCUAGAGAAGUACAAGCGAGAGCGAGACGGUCUGGCUGCCCGCCUACGGGAACAGAAUCACAACAAUAGCAACCACAGCGGGCUCAGCGAGCUAUCCCUCGAGGAACGGCGCGACCUGCACAACAUGCUGCGCGAGUCACAGGUCACAGCGGACAAGCUCGACCGCGAACUGCGCGAGCACCGCGAGGCGCUGGAGGAGCUCAUGGGUGUUGAGUCGUCCCUCCGCAAGAAGCUGGACCGAGCCCGCAGCGAGAGAGCCGCAUAUCGGGCUAGCGCCCAGAAGCUGCAGAAAGACUUGAAGAAGCUCAAGGUGGAGAAGGACAAGGCCGAGGCUGAGGCAGUCGCUGCUGCCGCCGCGGCUAAUGAGGAGCGCGCCUUGGUCCUUUCAUCGCAGAGCGCGGCCAAGCCGGGUCUCAGGAAUGGAGUAGACACGGACGCUAUCAUCCGGGCCGCCGAGGCCGCCGAGCGGAGGCACGAGAAGGAGAUCCGCGGAAUGGUGAUGCAGAUGGAGUGGCUUAAGGCAUGUUGGGAGCGCGAAGCAAGGCUGCGUGGCGACGCCGCCUUUGCCAAGCACUACCUCAUGCUGCAGGUACAGAUCCGCGACGCCUGCAACAAAGCCGACCUGGCCAUCAUCAACCGCAUCCGCGCAGAACUCAACCCCUCCGCGCGCUCCUCCGCCGCCGCUGCAGCGCUGGGCCAGCUCAGCCCCGUCCGCGAGCACACGCAAACAACCAGACGACGACAAGUUCUUCCGGCAACCGCCAAUUAUAACCCUGGUGCCACCAAUGCCGGUGCAAUGAAGCGGGUCCUCAGUGCGGUGCGAUUUGUCGUCCGCAUGCAGAUUGGGGCGCGCAACUGGGCCCGCCACGAGCAGGUCCGCCGGCGGCUGGCCGACUGCUUUGAGGACAUGGAGAGGGAGGAGCGCAUCAGGAAGAUGAGGGAUCUCUGGCGCGCAAAGGUGGCUACUGGUACUACUAGUAAGGGUGUUUCUUCUGGUGCGGGUACUUCUGCCGCGGCGGCGGUGUGA